AUAUUGACCGAUAAAACAUCGUUUCCUUCGACCUUUAAGCUUGCGCUAGCUUUCAUUCGAUAUCUACUUCAUCGUGUCUCCCUAUCUUCUUUCGAUGUUGACAUUCAACAUGCCAUAUCAAGGGCCCAGCUCGUCCUCUGGAACUACACGUCCAAGAAUCUUCCUGAUGAACAGAUCGCCGCUCUUGCAAAUCUCGUGGAACAUGUCAUUCAUAGCCCCGUCUUCAAGCUCGGGUCUGAAUAGACGGACGCCCAAAAGUCUUUGUUGGUCAUGUAUUCAGGGAUGGUCGGUGUCCGGACACCAGGUCGAUCCGCGAGGCACAAUUUUUGGCCCGCUUUACAACCACUGGUCGAAACCAUGAUCAAUCAGUACGACGCACCGUACGAUGCUGAUCACCCUAUGCGUACGCCCUUCGACGCUAUGUGCGAAAUUUUAGGAUUUGGCCUCAGGCAUGGUGUGGAAACUGUGUACGACAUUUUCCUCGAUAUGCGAUGUCUGGAAGUUUUCGGAAGCCACUCCCUUCGUCCUUCGCUGGUCACUGUUAUUAACGGAUACGUUGCCGGACUUGCGGCAUUGGAUACAUCGAUCGAUCUCCAGCGACAUUUGGACUACCUUCACGAGCCUGAGAAUCUCUUCUUGGCGUGUUGCAUUCCAAUCACCAACGGGUGGAACGCGUGCGGUGAAUCACUCAAUAACGUAUUUCCACCACCGCCCCGACUAUCAGAAGAUAUUUGUACAGAUAUAAGGGCACUAGCAAGUCUUCGACCGUCAGAUCCUUCUUGGGAUCAAUGCCGUCGGAAAUUGCGCGAUUUACUGCAGGAUGACGAAGGCGAGUUUUUCGUCAAGCAGCAGAAGUGGACGCCGCAUGGUUUUGAAUCCCUCAAGCCCGAGGCAAUCGACGAAGCGAAGAAUAAUAUUCGUUUGGCCCUGGGCAAGCUUGAUGAAAUAUUUUCUGGUUCAGUGAAUACGUAUUCUAUGCACUCGCACGAAUCAAUGGUCCGGCCCUUCUUCGGUCGUAUAUAUCGGUAUCUGCGGUAUCCUCGAUGUCCGGAAAAAGACGAAGUUCAAGUGCAAGUAUGAAUCUUUCGUAUGGAAAGAGACUAUUUAUGCCAUCGUGCUAAGGUGCUCGAACGGCCAAGGCGCUGAAGCCUUUUCAUGCCAUGUUAUGCUU